AUGGCCCUCCUCGGUUGGACAUCUCGUUCUGCAAAGGCUAACCCUCGAGAUAGACACUGGAAGCAUAUAUCUUGCUAUCACGGCCCAUGGCUCGGCCUCCCGAUCGAGGUCCUCGAGAGUCUCGCUUACAGCAAUUACUAUUCUCCUCGUCCUCACCCAGUCCACCCUGCCGUCCUCUUCGACCUCGUCAAGAUCAGAAAACUGAUCGACGAGGCAACCAGUCUCGCUGUCCGCGCUGCGAACGGCACCACUUCCACGUCCUUGCACACCUCACUGAGCCCGAAUAAGGGCAUCUACUAUGGACCAGAUGCAGAGAUCCUGGGGCUAAACGGAAGAGCCGGUGGAAACGCGAAAUUGAGUCGUGAACGAAGGCACCGAAUGCGGGACCAUGCAACACAAAAGUUAUACCACGCAUAUUCCCUCGAUGAAAUCGCCGCAAGCGUUGUCACGAUGCAGUCGGCAUCAGCACUUGAAGACGUCGCGAAGCUCGUCUUGGGGCGCGAGGAUCAAAAUCCGGAUGCACUAUAUGUCCACUUCUUUCACGAAAAGAUUCCUUCUAUGGCAAUGGCAGACUAUACUCCGUUGGAUCCUCUGAACCAUGUGAUCAACCGAAAGCCCACGGACUCGUCACCAUACAGGACGAGAGCCGUCACCCGUAUGUUCAAGUACGAUUAUGAAGGGGUGGUGCGAGACUGCACAGAUGGUCUCGCUGUGCACAGGUUAUACCAUUCACAACAUCAGAACGACCAACAGGGUCUGAUUUUAGCUAAGGAUGCGACCACGCUCGGUCGAGAAUUCCAGCCAAGGGGCCGCGUAGAGGACAAGGAUCAACCUAGCAGUAUGGAACCCCAGCUGUUAUGUCUUCGAGGCGGAGCAUACCUCAAUCUUGCGUGUGAAAAUAUCAGACGGGCUCUACACGGUCUUCACGGAGAUGGUGCUGAACAAGCAGCUGACGACAUGAAUCCCCCCGUGGUGGACAUUAGGAACAAGGAGGCCAAAUAUCGUGCAGAAGCACGGAAGCUAGCCCGGACAUAUGCGAAGAGGGCUCUUCGUGAUUAUCUCUCCUUCCUGUCCCAUUUCGAAUACACGCCAGGUCUUCCGCUGGAGUAUACGGUCCAAUUUGUUGACAACGUGAGUGCUCCAUCACUUGGACGUCGCUCCCGCGGCGAGAGGUUACUCGAUAUUGACUCCCACGCGCGCACCGGGAUGUCGCAAGCAUUGGUAAAGUAUGAGAGCAUGAAGGAUCGCCUUAAAAACAAGGGACGCCCCUUGCUACCCUCACCCUCUGUCUACAAACUGAAUGAGUUGUUUGCGGCUGUUCCGCCUGCAGACGUACCGCCUUACGCUCCUGAACGAGAUACGCAAAUCGACCCAAAUCAUCCCAUCUUCUCACUGCCAGACUUUGCCGAAGCAGUCACCUACCAUCCACUCUUGAUAGACGUCCUCCACUCUCUGUUAUUGUGUCAUUGCAUUGUUCAAACUUCGACCAAGGAGCUUCAGCGACAUGCUUACAUGGUUGCACGUGUCGCCCGCGUCUGCGACGGUUAUCCAAUCUUUCUAUCCCCUCGAUCUUCGGCCCGGGCAGACUGGAUGGAAAUUCUAACCCGCACAGAAAAUUGGAUUGGACUCGCGCAAUCUUGGAAGACUUUGUGUACGCCGGCGCAUCUUGCUGGGUAUCAAUACAAAUCCAAGCCAACGGACAGGAAAGAAACGGCUGAAGAGAAGAGGCUACGAAUAAAGCACGCGGCCUACAUGCAAGCGUUAGCCGAUGAGGGAAUUAUGGAGGAAGAAUCGAGAGCGGCCGCCUACGGGGAGGAAGAUACAACGAGGAAAAUCUACAACCGCACGAACCUGAUGGGUUCCGAGUCGGAUCCCAGCGGCGAUGGUAGGAAUGAAAUCUCUUCCACAGCAGCAGAACGAUGGGCCAUGGAGGAUGAGUGUCCUCCGGGCAGCACAGAACGGGCCGACGCUAUUGUGCAAUGGAUCAUGGAGGCACCGCCUCCCAACAUAUCUGAUGGCAGUCGGCCAAAGAAGAAGUCUGGAGGAAAGGGGAAAUUGAGAAAGAUGGGCAGCACUGCCUCGAAUCUGAGAGAGACUGAGAUGACGGCCGUGGAGCAGAGUGUCGAGAAUUUGGAACUGGUGGAUUGA